AUGUGGAUAAAAGAAUAUAAUGAAGAAGCAAAAAUUGAUGAUGAUAUUAAUGGCAUGAUAUCUGAGAGGAUUUCCUUACCUGCAUCUGGACUAGAAACUCAGCGUCACUCAUCGGCUAUUAGAAGGAAGAUUAUGAUUUUAGGGACUAGACUUGAUGGAUUGCAGUCCAUUAUGUACCUACUGGGAAGCCCUUGUAAAACAGAGAAGGAGAUGAACUGUCACAAGGAUAUGGUUGCAAAUUUGUUAUCAAAAGCAAAUCAGAUGGCUUCUGUAUUCAAUAUGUCGAAUUUUGCAAACCAAGAUAGCUUGUUAAGGCCUGAAACAAAGGUUGAUGCCAUGAGUAGGACUGUUGGGUUGGAUAACUCUGGUCUUGUUGGUCUUCAACGACAAAUCAUGAAAGAGCAAGAUAAGGGUCUUGAGAAGUUGGAGGAGACAAUAUUAAGUACAAAGCAUAUUGCAUUGGCGGUCAAUGAAGAACUUGAUCUGCAUGCCAGACUUAUUGAUGACCUAGAUGAACAUGUUGAUGUUACCGAUUCUCACCUACGGAGAGCGCAGAAAAACCUAGCAAUUUGAACAAGCGAACCAAAUGUGGUUGUUCCUGUACGUGCAUGCUAUUAGCCGUUAUCGGAAUCGUGAUUUUGGUUGUCGCAAUAUACCUUCUGAUAAAAUAUUUGUAAUUAC